UGACAUGCUUGUCUAUCUGCUACCUCUGUAUGAAGAUCCUGGUAUUGGUGCCGGCUGCAAUCAUACGCCGGAAGAAGCAGCAAGUGAUUAUUAAUGAUUAAUCUCUUAUUCUGCAGUCAGUAUCAGCUGAAAGCACCUACACCCAGACUGGAUGAACUGGUUGAUUGGAGCAACAUGUCUACUACUCUGUCCCAAGCCAGCAGCUCUGCAGCCUCCACGGCAUCACCUCUGAGUCCAAUCGGCUUGGAGGCUGCUGACAUUGCUGUGGUGGUGGUCUACCUGCUGGUGGUCAUGGCGGUCGCAAUAUGGGCGUCAGCGAGGGCCAAUGGCAGCACGGUGGGAGGUUACUUCCUGGCAGGGCGCUCCAUGACUUGGUGGCCCAUCGGAGCCUCUCUGAUGUCCAGUAACAUUGGAAGCGGAGCAUUUAUCGGGCUGGCGGGAACAGGAGCGGCAGGAGGCAUUGCUGUGGCUGGCUUUGAAUUGAAUGCAGCUUGGGUUCUGGUGGCUCUGGGAUGGAUCUUCAUCCCAGUCUAUAUUGCGAGUGGGGUGGUGACCAUGCCGGAAUAUCUGGCCAAGCGCUUUGGAGGACGCCGGAUCCGGGUAUACAUGUCUGUCUUGUCCCUGGUGCUUUACAUCUUCACUAAACUAUCUACAGAUCUCUUCUCAGGAGUGUUGUUCAUCAAAGUUUCUUUAGGCUGGAAUCUCUACUGGUCCACAGGAGUUCUGUUGUUGAUCACAGCAGUGUACACUGUGGCAGGAGGUUUGUCAGCAGUCAUCUACACUGAUGCAAUCCAGACAGUGAUCAUGGUGGCAGGAGCCUUAACACUAAUGUUCAUUGCCUUCUCCAAAGUAGGUUGGUAUGAGGGUCUGGUGGAGCGCUACAUGGCUGCCGUUCCCAUGGCGACAGUUGCCAACACCACCUGUCACCUCCCUCGCGGCGACGCCUUCCACUUGUUCCGAGACCCGCUGUCUGGUGACCUGCCGUGGCCCGGCCUCAUCUUUGGUCUCACUGUGAUCGCCACCUGGGUGUGGUGCACUGACCAGGUUAUAGUUCAAAGAUCGCUGUCAGCAAAGUCAUUGUCUCACGCCAAAGGAGGUAGCGUCUUAGGAGGUUACCUCAAACUUCUACCAAUGUUCUUCAUCGUCAUGCCAGGCAUGAUCAGCCGAGCACUGUUCCCAGACGAGGUGGCCUGUGUGGAUCCACAAGUGUGUCAGAGAGUUUGUGACACUUCAGUUGGCUGCUCCAACAUCGCCUACCCUAAACUGGUGGUGGAGGUCAUGCCUGUUGGUCUCCGUGGACUGAUGCUGGCCGUGAUUUUCGCUAGUCUGUUGUCUUCCCUGACGUCAAUAUUCAACAGUAGCUCCACCAUCUUCACCUUGGAUCUGUACCACCGAGCCCGGCCCACGGCCUCCGAGAUGGAGCUCAUGAUUGUUGGCAGAGUGUUCAUCCUGGUACUCAUUUGUGUUAGCAUCUUGUGGAUUCCUGUCAUUCAAUCGGCCAACAGCGGGCAGCUGUUUGAAUACGCCCAAUCAGUGGUCAGCUUUUUGGCUCCGCCUAUUACUGGUGUAUUCCUGUUGGCCAUCUUCUGGUCACGUGCCAACGAGCAAGGCGCAUUCUGGGGCCUUAUGGUGGGGCUGGUGGUGGGACUGAUUCGAAUGAUCCUGGAGUUCUCCUAUGAGGUGCCACCCUGUGGUGAACCGGACCAACGUCCCGCCAUCCUGACCGAGGUCCACUACCUGUACUUUGCAAUCCUCCUCAUGGUGCUCACCUGCCUGAUUGUGGCUGCCGUAAGCUUGGCCACGCCCCCGAUACCUGCACAGCACCUGCACAGGUUGACCUGGUGGUCCAGACACAGCAAGGAGGCUCGCAUCGAUCUGACCGAUACCUUGAUAACCUCUGACUAUGCACGUCCAUCUGCGUCAACCUCCUGUUGGCGAAGGGCGGUUAUGCAGCUCUGCGGGCUGACUGGUGCCGGGUCCGUUUCUCCUGCUGCCGAGAGCCCCAAGCUGAACUCCCUGAAGGAGGCGCCGCUGUGGAGAAACAUCUGCAACGUGAAUGCUUUGUUGCUGCUUGCCGUCAAUGUCUUCCUGUGGGGAUACUUUGCCUAAAUGGGCUCGGAUGGCUUGGGUGUGUUUUAAAAAGUCAGUUUAUCACAGGGCCACCUACUGGCCAAAAACAGGGUUUUAAGACUUCAUAUUUCCAUGUUACUAUUGCUUGAAAUCUACAUUUGAAGUUUUCAAAUGACAAAGUAGAAGCAGGGCUCAGUUGGACUAUUUAUUACCUUUUUUUUUCUAGAACACCAUGCUAGCGUGCAUUUCAUGACUCACGUUGAAAUACUUGAAACUACUACAGAAAUUAACUUUUCAAAUACAUUCUAAAUGACUGACAUGCACCUGUAUAUUUCAAGUUAUUUAUCUACAGUUUCAUAAGGUGUGGUUCAAAGUAGUCUUUAUUCAAUAACAUGCUAAUUUGAAACAUUAAA